AUGGAUACUGCUCAUCGAAGCUUUCCAAUUCUCGUUGCCCUCUUCGUUUUACUCUUCGGCGUAACUUCAUCCCAACCUUACGAGGAAUUCCUGCAAUGCCUCGAAUUCCAUGAUUCGAACAUCACAAGCAUCGUCUACACUAGAGCCAACUCUUCCUUCUCCUCCUUGCUCGAAUCCUCCAUUCGAAACCCGAGGUUCGACACCUCUGCCACCCCAAAGCCAUUGCUGAUUUUCACACCGCGACAAAUCUCACACAUCCAAUCCGCAAUCCGCUGCUCGAGAGCACACAGGAUUCAGAUCAGAGUUCGAAGCGGCGGCCACGACUACGAAGGCCUUUCCUACUCCACCAUCUCCCCGUCCCUUACUUUCCUCGUCCUAGACCUCCGCAACCUCCGAGCCAUCCAAGUGGACGUGCCCUCAAAGACCGCUUGGGCGCAAGCAGGAGCCACCUUAGGAGAGCUCUACUACGCCAUAGCCGCCGAGAGCAGAACGCUAGCCUUCCCCGCGGGAAUGUGGCCGACGGUGGGUCUCGGCGGCCACAUCAGCGGCGGAGGUUACGGCUCCCUACUACGCAAACACGGCAUCGCAGCAGACAACGUGGUGGAUGCGCAAGUGGUCGACGUGGAAGGUAGAAUCCUCGAUCGAGCUUCCAUGGGGGAGGAUUUGUUCUGGAUCCUGGACAGAGCAUCCAUGGGAGAAGAUAUGUUCUGGGCGAUUCGAGGCGGAGGUGGCAACACGUUUGGAAUUGUCAUCGCCUGGAAAAUCAAACUAGUCCCCGUCCCAGCGAGUGUGACGGCGUGCACUGUUACGAGGACUCUGGAACAGAACGCGACGGAGAUCGUCCAUCGAUGGCAGUACGUAGUUGAUAAGCUCUCCAACGACGUGUUCUUCAUGGUGGUUCUGAACAGAGUGGUCAAUCCAAUUCAAGCGAACGCCACGACUAUUCAAGCCUCCUUCAAUUCACUCUACCUCGGAAGCAUCGAGGGUUUGAUUCUGAUGAUGGAGGCAAAAUUCCCAGAUCUGGGUUUGAGAAGGGAGAACUGCGUGGAGAUGAGUUGGGCGAAAUCGAUUCUCUACUUUGCCGGAUUUCCACUCAAUUCCCCGCUGGAAAGUUUGCUGGACAGGACGAUUUCAGCAACUGGGUCGGCGAAAUUCAAAGGGAAAUCCGACUAUGUGAAAGAACCCAUACCGAUAAGCGGGUUCGAAGGGAUUUGGGAAAAGCUGAAGGAGGUGGGAGUUCAGACUGGUGGUUUGAUCUUGGCGUCUUACGGCGGGAAAAUGAGCGAGAUUCCGGAAUCGAGCAUCCCGUUCCCGCACAGGGCCGGGAAUAUAUACCAAGUCGAAGAAGUGGCGUUCUGGGUCGAAGACGGGGUGGAAGCGGCGGAUGGGUACUUGAAUUGGUUGAGAGGGUUGUACGAGUACAUGACGCCUUAUGUAUCGAAGAAUCCUCGAGAAGCGUAUGCGAAUUACAGGGAUCUGGAUAUUGGGAGGAACGGCGGCGGCGGAGAGGGUGACUACAGGCGAGCCAGGAGUUGGGGUUCCAGUUACUACAAGAAUAACUUCGAUAGAUUGGUGAGAGUGAAGACGGCGGUGGAUCCGGCCAAUUUCUUUAGGAAUGAACAGAGCAUCCCGCCUCUGUCGUCUUGGAGAUAG